GUCCGGCACUUAUGCCAUUGUUCUCUUCGCACAGAGAAACCAUCAAGUCGUAUCUCAGAACAAUACUAGCCGGACCCGCGAAAAUGUUGCUCCUACUGCCAAAGCUGCUGUUCUGCCUACACUCGAUCAAACUUAUUUCGGCUGUGACCUUCGAUUUCUCCCUAAUCUACUUCGUACCGAACAACACCAGACAACACCAGUUUCCUGCUAGAAGAGAAAUCUCCGAAGGACUUCGUAACGCCACCACAAUCGUCCUCAAUCAGCAGGUCCCGAUGAUCCUGCGAAGUUUCGAUGUGAGUUUCGCAAGAAACUUAGAGAGUUUGUCGCUGCACGAUUGCGGAAUCAACGAAAUCGAAUCCGGAAGUUUCAAGAACCUCUCGUCCCUCAAACACCUAAACAUCACGAAGAACAACAUCAAGAUAAUAAAGGACGAUAUUUUCAAUCACAUGGGUGUGAAUGUGCUCAACCUCAGCUACAACAAACUGGCCACAAUUAGCCCUAGUGCCUUCGACAACAUGGCUAAUCUCACGGAUUUGAUCCUGGACUACAAUGAGUUGACGUCUUAUUCUAUUUGGUUCGAGAAUUGUCCGAAACUGAUCACUAUAUCGCUGCAGUUCAACUUCAUCCAGUAUCUUCCAGCUGGUAUUUACGCUAAUCUACUAGACCACAAGCUCAAAGCUUACUUCAGCUACAAUAAGAUCAAUAAGAUUCAUGAAGAUUUAUUCGAUGUGGAGGAAUUCACAGAUCUGUACCUUGAUCAUAAUGAGUUGGAGGAAUUUGAUUUCACUCUUUGCAAGAUCGAUACAUUGAGUUUGCAGACUAAUCAGAUAGAGUGCCUCUCGGAGGAGUUCAUCAAGAAUGAGGUUGGGAAGGUAACAAGGUUCUUCUUAGGAGACAAUCCGAUCAACUGUAGUUGCUAUGAUCAACUGUCGACCAUUCAGAAUAUGUUGGUUUCAUUCAGUGAAUGCUGAAAGCAACA